CCAGGUCCUUUUCAUGGGAAAGAUUCUACACAGGAGGUAGGUGGGGGCUGCCAAUAAUACAAACGUGGGGAAGUUGAAAGUAGGGGGAAACCACCGUAUUUUGCAUAGUAAUUGUAUCGGGUUUGGAAUUCCUAACGACUCUUGAAUGGUGCACGGAAGCCUGGUGGAGCAGAUCCCCCGACCUAAACACCCUGAUAUCGAGAACACUCGCUAUGUGCCACACGUUCCAAGUACUUUAUACAGUAAUAUUUCCUCAGGCCUCAUAACUACUGAGUUAGGUGCCAUUAUCCACAUUUUGUUAAAUAACUUGCCCAAGGACGUACGGCUGGUAAGUCGUGGGACUGGCGCUCAGAUGCCCCGCGACGCCAGAGCCCUUGUAAGUCCGCACCGGGUGCUUCGGGACCGCCGCGGGCAGGUCUUUGGGUCGUGGCGGCAGCCCCGCGGCUACCACAGCGCUUGCUGCAUAGGCUGCCGAAGGGGCAGAUGCAGGACAAUCGGAAGAAACCGGGUUGCGCCGUUAGAGAGAUGCGGAGCGGCCUGCGAGGUGCGCCCGUCCCGGGACGGCCGGCGAACGCUCUCACCGGCGGGCCGGGCAGCUCCGAUGCCCCGCCCCUUCCGGCCGGGGCCCCGCCCUCUCGCGCCGGCGCCCGUCGCUUUGCGUUGAGGAAUUUUGUCCAGAGCGCCCACCCGUCUCCCCGCCCACGCCGCUGCCAUGGCGGCGGCUCCGCCGCUCUCCAAGGCCGAGUAUCUGAAGCGGUACUUGUCUCGGGCGGAUGCCGGCGCCGACGGGGGCCCUGAGUCCUGUCGCAAGCGUCGCAGAAAGCGGCCGAAGCCUGGCGGGGCCGGCGGCCAGGGAAUGCGGAUUGUGGAUGAUGAUGUGAGCUGGACAUGUAUCUCCACCACUAAACCAGAAAAGGAGGAAGAAGAUGAUGGGGAUUUACCUGUGGUGGCUGAGUUUGUGGAUGAGCGGCCGGAAGACAUAAAGCAGAUGGAAGCUUUUCGUUCCAGUGCCAAAUGGAAGCUUCUGGGAAGUCACGGUGAAGAUCUGUCCUCACCCAGACAUUUACGUCAUGACACCCCAGAUUUUUCUCCCCCAAGGAGGGCCCGUCACGACACCCCGGAUCCAUCUCCCCCGAGGAGGGCCCGUCACGACACCCCAGAUUCUUCUCCCCCGUCCCAUUUUGGAAGUAAGCAGCCUGAUUCUAAAGGGUCUUCCCCCAGCCAUAGGACAUUUCAUAUAAGCUCUUCACCUAGGAGAUGUCAGAGUCACACGAUGGACUCUUCUUACCCCAGUGGCAGUUGGAAAGUGUCUGAUUCAGAUCUGUCACCUCCACGGAAUAGACCUAGGCCCCAGACCUCUGAUUCUGACCUCUCCCCACCAAGGAGGAAACAGAGGGCUGGAUCGUCCGAUUCUGAUCUAUCUCCACCUCGAAGGAAUCAGCCUCCAGGAAAGAAGGCCGCACACAUGUAUUCUGGAGCUAAAACUGGCUUGGUGUUAACUGACAUACAGCAAGAGCAGCAGGAACUCAAGAAACGGGACCAAGAAAUAGCAUUUGAAGAUGAAUUCCAGUUUGCUGAAACCAUAUUUCGAGAUAAGUCUGGUAGAAAGAGAAAUUUGAAGCUGGAACGUUUAGAGCAAAGGAGAAAAGCAGAGAAAGACUCGGAGAGAGAUGAGCUGUAUGCCCAGUGGGGUAAAGGGCUUGCGCAGAGCCGGCUGCAGCAGCAAAAUGUGGAGGAUGCGAUCAAGGAAAUGCAGAAGCCCCUGGCCCGCUACAUUGAUGAUGAAGAUCUGGACCGGAUGCUGAGAGAGCAAGAAAGAGAGGGGGACCCUAUGGCCGACUUUAUCAAGAAGAACAAGGCCAAGGAGAAUAAGAAUAAGAAAGUGAGCCCUCGCUACAGUGGCCCAGCUCCACCUCCUAACAGAUUCAAUAUUUGGCCCGGAUAUCGCUGGGAUGGAGUGGACAGAUCCAAUGGAUUUGAACAGAAGCGCUUUGCCAGGCUUGCCAGCAAGAAGGCGGUGGAGGAACUUGCCUACAAGUGGAGUGUUGAGGACAUGUAACUUUUCUGAGGCUGUGGGGAUGGUUGCGGGUUGUGGUAGUGGACGUAGGGCAGCCAGAUUUCAGCUAUAAAAGUUGUCUAUGUUAAUAAUCAGGGCCUACACGGAUCAGCAAUUUGUUGAAUGCCGGUUUUGACUGCAGAAGAAUAUGUGAGAGCUGAUGUUUGGACUGAGUGCCUGUUCUUACCAGGUAUACAUGCCAACAUUGGCUAUUGCUGGCUGUCAGAGGAAGCAUUGAUUUCUUAGUGUGCCUGGUUUGUUCUUGGGAAUUUGUCUUUUUUAAUAAAUAUGCAUUUAUUUUUUCAAAAUCA